AUGUUAAUUUUGAUUUUCCUAAAAUUCAUAUUUGAGAUUCUAUUUGCUUUGUUAAAGUAUUUGAUAAAAAGAUAUACAAUUUGGUUUUAUUAAUUAAUAUUUUUGAUAAAAAAAACAAUCUAUUUUAUCAUAAUAAAGAAUUAAACCCUUUAAAAACUUAACCAAAAAUAAUUAAAAAUGUAGAAAAUAUAAAUUUUGGUAUUUUUAGUAGUAAUUAAGAUGUAUUACUGCUAAACAAAAGAAAUUGAUUUUAGUUAAAAACCUGAAUUGGCAGAUUAUUGUUUAUAUUUUGAAAGAAUUUAUAUUAUGGGUAAUUAUGAUUUUGAAAAUAAAACUCUUUAUUAUACAUUAUAUCCAUCUCUAAAUACCAAAUAAUAAUACACCUUUUAUGAUUCUUAUAAUAAAUAAAUAAGUAAUACAGUUACUCAGAAAUAUCCUUUAUUUUAUAAUGAUUAAGGAAUUUAAGGUAUUGCUUCUUUUGCUAUUUAUAGCAUAGAUUCUGAAAGAGAUAUAAUCACCAUUAGAAUUUUUAGUGGCUUUAUUUCUAGUUAUUAGAUAAACACUCAAGAAACUAUGGUCUAAGCAAAAAAGAUUUUGCACAGCUACACUUUUUAUGACACGCUAGACAAUUACAUAUUUUAUUUAUAGAAAGAUGAUUCAAAAAUUGCUAUUUUAUGCUUCAAUACAUAGUCAAAAAGCUUGGAUUAAAAUAUUAUAGAAAUAAAUCGAAAUUGCAAUGUUUUUUACAAAAAUUUAUACUUUUGCAAUGAUAUGUGUGUAUAUUAAGUACAAUUAAAAGAUAAAUAAGUAUAGAGCUCUUAAUACUUAUGCCUUGAAUUAGAAGAUGAUAUAAUAGAAUCUAUUUAGUAUCUGCAAAUGAACUAUUUGUUAAUAUUUGGAAAAAAAAAAGUUUUUGUUUUCUAUUAAAAGAAGUUGAUGGAAAUAUCUCCUAAGGUUUAAUAUUUACUAAUAUUUAUUGACAAAAAUAGUGAAAUUUUAAUUAAUUUGGAUUAAAUCAGCUAACAGUCACAGAUAAUUAGUGAAAAUUAGUUUAAUUUUGGGGUAUAUUUAGAAAAUAAUUAUUAUAUGAUAGGUUUGUCUGAUCAGGAAAAUUAUCAGAAAACUAAAUAUCUUUAUCGAUUAAGAGCAGCUAAAAACAGACAGGAUAUUUAACCAUACUUAGUACCAAAUGAUUCUAAUAGUUAGAGUAUUUACACAUUCUAUUUAUAUAAUCAAGGAUAUCUAUAUAAUUAUUUUUAUGUCUAUAAUUUCAAUUAUGACAGCGGAAGCACAAUCUUAUAUUAAGUUAAAUUAAAUGGUAGUUAUACAGGAUUUCUUGACUAAUUUCAUAAUUAAAUUUUUUCUCCAUUUUUUUGGGAUACAAUAGCUUUCCUAAUAUUUGCAAAUUUUUAUCUGCUUCUAAUUCGAAGAAGAAAAAAUAAAAGCAAAAAUAUAAAAUAAUAAAUAGAAGCUAUUGUUUUCCAAAAUUAGAAAGAAAUUAGUAAAAUUGAAUUUUUCUAAAAAUAUGAUAUCAACUUAAAUGAUCCCUUAGGCUCAGGAGGCUUUGGAGACGUGUAUAUAGCAAAAAACAAGCACAUAUAAAUGGUAAAAAAUAAAGCUAUACUUUAAUAAAUGCAUGAGAAGUAUGCGUGUAAAAGAAUUAUCUAUAACAAAGAAAUUAGCUUUGAAGAGCAAAAAAGCUCAGUUAGAAAUGAAAUAGAAAUUCUCUAAAAACUAGGAAAAUAUGAAAAUGUUAUUAAAGUUUAAAAUUAUUUCCUUGAUUUAGAUUAGGCAAUUAUAGCACUUGAGUUAGCAGAAAGCAACUUGCAGUCAAUCAUUUAAAAAAAGCAAGAAAAUUAUCUUUAUGAUAAAUUCUUGGAAAAAGACAUAGUGCAAUUCUUAGAUUAAAUAGCUAAUACAAUUGCAGAUAUUUAUAUAGAGGAAAAAAUAGCUCAUAGAGAUUUAAAACCUGAAAACAUUCUUUUUAAAAAAGGGAUUUACUACUUAUCAGACUUUGGUAUUUCCUAAUAAAUAGAUAAGGCAAGCACAAAAGAAAAUAUAGUAUUUGGAACAAUAAAGUGGAUGUCUCCAGAGUUAAAAAACUUAAAAAUAAAAGAUUAUUAACAUACUUAAGAUGAAAUUGAUAUAUUCAAGAGUGAUAUUUUUAGUCUUGGUCUUAUUUUAUUGUACAUGCUAACUUUAAUUGAUAUUGCUCAAGUAAAUUAAAAUGAAAGCUUAAAAAUAAGCAGAAUAAGAGGUUUAAAGAUGAAUCGUUAAGGAGAUAUUGAUCCAUUAAUUAUAUAAUUAGUAUCUAAAAUGCUUGAGACUGAUCCUGAUAAAAGACCAGAUCCUAGUAUUUUAAAGAAAUCUAUUGACGAUAUCAAAAAUAUGCAAUAAGAUAAAAUUAACAAAAAGAAUAAUAAGCAAGCUUGA